AGGGAGCUCAACUUUAAAUAUGUCAGCAAAACAGCACGGAGGGAGGGGGGAGUGAACUUGACGACUGCAGUCAUAUUUAAGACUAACAUUAUAAUAAUUCCAUCUGUAUCGCCUUGUGUGCACUUUCGCUCCAACCGAGAGGUGUCUGCCGCCAACCUCCCAGCAUUCAGUAGAUGUCCACCCCUUCGGACACCACAGGUGGAAUGUCUCAUCCUGGCCCUUCCCCGGGUGCGGGCCUUUCGCCGGGCCCCAUCCUUGGCCCCAGCCCUGGACCGGACCCGUCGCCCGGCUCCGUUCACAGUAUGAUGGGACCCAGCCCUGGGCCCGGAACGCCCAAUGCUGGCCACGGCAUGCAGGGACAGGCACAGGGCGACUUCUCUCAAGAUGUUAUGUUUUCUAUGCACAAGCCAAUGGAGGGAAUGAGCGACAAGGCCAUGGCAGACGUGAUGCACUUUGGGGGCAUGAAAGGGGUGGGCAUGAGGUCCCUCCACAGUGGCAUGGGCCCCCCUCAGAGUCCCAUGGACCAGCAUAGUCAGGGGUACAUGUCCCCCCAUCCAUCGCCCAUGGGCGUGCACGAGCAUGCGUCUAGCCCUAUGUCUGGGGGCGGAGGACCCACGCCGCCCCACAUGCCUCCCUCCCAGCAGAGCCCCAUGAUGCCCAUGGAUCCCCAAGGGGGCGGCGGCCUUCCCAGCAUGUCCGGCAUGGGCCAGCACGGCAGAGGACCGUCCACGUUCAGUCCGGCCCAGCUGCAGCAGCUCAGAGCUCAAAUACUGGCCUACAAGAUCCUGAGCCGGGGGCAGCCACUGCCUGAAAACCUUCAGUUGGCUGUUCAAGGCAAGAGGAGCCUACCCCCGAUGCAGCCGCCGCCGCAGCAACAACAGGGCCCGAGUGGAAGUCCUUACAGCAGGUCUCAAGGCAUGCCUAUGGCAUCUUUGGGUGGAGCCCAGUCAAGCCCCUGUCCCACUCCAGGCCUGCAAGGUCACAAUCAAAGCACAGGACCCAAACCUUGGCCCGACGGCCAGGGUGGUGAGACUCCAGCCAGUGCCUCCAAGCACCUCGCCCCAUCUGCCAGCGGUCGGCCGUCCCCUGCACCUCCACCUGCCCCCGCCAUGCCGACCAUGCCCCUGCCAGGCGGCUCGUUGACCCCUCAGCCGGCGGGCCAGCAGGUGUCCCCCAUGCUGCAGAUGCAGCAGAAGCAGAACCGCGUCACGCCCAUCCAGAAGCCCCAGGGCCUGGACCCGGUGGGCAUCCUGCAGGAGAGAGAGUACAGGCUGCAGGCUCGGAUUGCACAUCGCAUCCAAGAGCUGGAGAGUCUGCCGGGCUCCCUGCCGCCCGACCUGAGGACCAAAGCCACGGUGGAGCUCAAGGCACUCCGUCUCCUCAACUUCCAGCGGCAGCUCAGGCAGGACGUUGUGGCGUGCAUGAGGCGGGACACCACCCUGGAGACAGCCCUGAACUCCAAGGCCUACCGACGCAGCAAGCGCCAAACGCUGAGGGAGGCGCGCAUGACGGAGAAGUUGGAGAAGCAGCAGAAGCUGGAGCAGGAGAAGAAACGCCGGCAGAAGCACCAGGAAUAUCUCAACAGUAUUCUUCAGCAUGCUAAAGACUUCAAGGAGUACCACCGCUCUGUGUCCGGAAAAAUCCAGAAGCUCACUCGAGCCAUUGCAACCUGGCACACCAACACGGAGAGGGAGCAGAAGAAAGAGACUGAAAGGAUCGAGAAGGAGAGAAUGAGGAGGCUUAUGGCCGAGGACGAGGAGGGCUACCGUAAACUCAUUGACCAAAAGAAGGACAAGCGCCUGGCGUACUUGCUGCAGCAGACGGACGAGUACGUGGCCAACCUCACCUCCCUUGUGUAUGAACACAAAGCCGCGCAGGCCGCCAAGGAGAAGAAGAGGAGGAAGAAGAAGAAGAAGAGGGUGGAUGGAGAAGGCGGUGAAGGCACCAGUGUGAUUGGACCUGAUGGAGAACCCAUGGAUGAGAGCAGCCAGAUGAGUGAGCUGCCCGUCAAAGUCAUUCAGACGGAGACGGGGAAAGUUUUACAGGGAACAGAUGCUCCCAAGUCCAGCCAGCUGGAGGCGUGGCUUGAGAUGAACCCCGGGUAUGAAGUGGCGCCUCGGUCGGACAGCGAGGAGAGCGGCUCUGAAUUUGAGGAGGAGGAGGAAGAAGAGGGGGCCAAGGCAGAAAGCGAGGAGAAGACCAUAAUCGAUCCCAAUGAGGAGGGAGGAUGUACGACGGCGGCCAAGCACAUUAUUGAGUCAGCCAAGCAGGAUGUGGAUGACGAGUACAGCGUCCCGACAGGCCAGACCAGCUCCCAGUCUUAUUACGGUGUAGCCCAUGCCGUCAUUGAGAGGGUGGAGAAGCAGUCGUCUCUUCUGAUCAACGGCACGCUCAAACAGUACCAGAUCCAGGGUCUGGAGUGGAUGGUGUCGCUGUACAACAACAACUUAAACGGCAUCCUGGCUGAUGAGAUGGGCCUGGGCAAGACCAUCCAAACCAUUGCCCUAAUCACCUACCUGAUGGAACACAAGAGGCUCAAUGGUCCCUAUCUCAUCAUCGUUCCUCUCUCGACUUUGUCCAACUGGGUUUAUGAACUUGACAAGUGGGCCCCAUCAGUGGUCAAAAUUGCAUACAAGGGAACCCCCGCCUUGAGACGUGGACUCGUGCCGCAACUCCGAAGCGGAAAAUUCAACGUUUUGCUGACGACCUAUGAAUACAUCAUCAAGGACAAGCAUAUACUGGCCAAGAUCCGCUGGAAGUACAUGAUUGUUGACGAGGGUCACCGCAUGAAGAACCAUCACUGCAAGCUGACCCAGGUGCUGAACACUCAUUACGUGGCCCCCCGCCGCCUCCUCCUCACCGGCACGCCGCUGCAGAACAAGCUGCCCGAGCUGUGGGCGCUGCUCAACUUCCUGCUGCCCACCAUCUUUAAGAGCUGCAGCACCUUUGAGCAGUGGUUCAACGCUCCCUUUGCCAUGACGGGGGAGAGGGUUGACCUGAACGAGGAGGAGACCAUCCUGAUUAUUCGUCGCUUGCACAAGGUGCUCCGCCCCUUCCUGCUGCGCCGCCUGAAGAAAGAGGUGGAGUCUCAACUGCCGGAGAAGGUGGAGUAUGUCAUCAAAUGUGACAUGUCGGCCAUCCAGAAGGUUCUGUACCGGCACAUGCAGAAAGGCAUCCUGCUCACGGACGGCUCAGAGAAAGACAAGAAGGGUAAAGGAGGAGCAAAGACCCUGAUGAACACCAUCAUGCAGCUGAAGAAGAUCUGCAACCACCCAUACAUGUUCCAGCACAUCGAGGAAUCGUUUGCUGAGCAUUUGGGAUACCCAAACGGGAUCAUCAGCGGGCCUGAUCUGUACCGAGCCUCCGGGAAGUUUGAGCUUCUGGAUCGCAUCCUGCCAAAGCUGCAGGCCACCAACCACCGAGUUCUACUCUUCUGCCAGAUGACUUCGCUCAUGACCAUCAUGGAGGACUACUUUGGCUACCGCAACUUUCAGUAUUUGCGCCUGGACGGAACCACCAAGUCUGACGACCGAGCGUUGCUGCUGAAGAAAUUCAACGAGGCGGGGUCGCAGUACUUCAUCUUCCUGCUCAGCACACGAGCCGGCGGCCUCGGACUCAACCUGCAGGCCGCUGACACCGUCAUCAUCUUUGACAGCGACUGGAACCCGCAUCAGGACCUCCAGGCUCAGGACCGUGCUCACCGCAUCGGCCAGCAGAACGAGGUGCGCGUACUUCGCCUCUGCUCCGUCAACAGCGUGGAGGAGAAGAUCCUGGCAGCGGCCAAGUACAAGCUCAAUGUGGACCAGAAGGUCAUCCAGGCCGGCAUGUUCGACCAGAAGUCCUCCAGCCAUGAGCGCCGCGUCUUCCUCCAGGCCAUUCUGGAGCACGAGGAACAAAACGAGGAGGAAGACGAGGUACCCGACGAUGAAACCCUCAACCAGAUGAUCGCUCGCAACGAAGAUGAAUUUGAGCUCUACAUGCGCAUCGACAUGGAUCGACGGCGGGAGGACGCCAGGAACCCCAAACGUAAGCCCCGCCUGAUGGAGGAGGAUGAGCUGCCCUCGUGGAUCAUCAAGGACGACGCCGAGGUGGAGCGCCUCACGUACGAGGAGGAGGAGGAGAAGAUGUUUGGCCGAGGGUCGCGCUGCCGCCGAGAUGUGGACUACAGCGACACGCUGACUGAGAAACAGUGGCUGCGGGCCAUUGAGGAUGGCAACCUGGAGGAGAUGGAGGAGGAGAUACGACUGAAAAAGCGCAAACGCAAGCGGCGGCAGGACAAGGACCCGUCAGACCGGGAGGACUGGGGCGCCAAGGCCAAGAAGAGACGAGGACGCCCGCCGGCUGAGAAGCUCUCCCCCAACCCUCCGAAACUCACCAAGCAAAUGAACACCAUCAUUGAUACAGUCAUCAACUACAGGGAUGGGUCCGGAAGACAGCUCAGCGAGGUCUUUGUCCAGCUGCCGUCCAGAAAGGAGCUUCCAGAAUACUAUGAGCUGAUCAGAAAGCCUGUGGACUUCAAGAAGAUCAAGGAACGCGUCAGGAGCCAUAAGUACCGAACUGUCGGCGACCUGGAGAAGGAUGUGAUGCUGCUCUGUCACAACGCCCAGACCUUCAACCUGGAGGGAUCCCAGAUUUACGAGGACUCCAUCGUCCUGCAGUCCGUGUUCAAGAGCGCCAGGCAGAAGAUCGCCAAGGAAGAGGAAAGCGAGGAGGACAGCGAGGAUGACGAGGACGAAGAAGAGUCCGAGGCUGAGGCCAAGCCAGUGUGGGUGAAGAUCAAACUGAACAAAGAAGCCCGGAGCGCCGAGCGAGGCAAGAAGCGGCAGAGCCGAGCCAAAGCCAAGCCUGUGGUCAGCGACGACGACAGCGAUGACGACCCAGACGGCAAUGACCAGUCGGACGCCAGCAAGAGCGAGGACGAGUGAGGACGCGUAAACUGAAAGAAGGUCCUCUGUUGUCCAGGUUCUUUUUUUUUGUUUUUUUGGGUACCUUCUUCUGCAUUUGUCCUGUUAGUUGACACAUACCAUCGCCCUAUAUUCUUGUUUUUAAAGACACUUUUAUUUUUAGUACAUUUUUAAGAGGCUUCCAUUAUGUACGCGUACUAGCUUACUCAACUCUUGCUUGCACUUUGACAAGACCACAUAAUGCUAUGAAACUUCACGUAGGAGAUGAUUUGCAGUGUUUUCAUUUGCCGUCACCUCACGCAGUGCCAAGUUGUCUCUCCAGCAGCAUUGCCGUCUAUUGGAACCCACGCUUACGUCGUCAACAUAAGAGUUUUAUGUCUGUCUCCUGGACGGCUGAGUGGAUUUUUGCAGACCAUUAGAGGUGGGAAAAACAACAUUUAAAAAAAAAAAAAACAAGAUCAGUAUUAUGGCUUUUAAACAAUAUAUUUGAAUCUGUAUUUUGGAUUUAUUUGUGCAUCCGGUAUCGGGGCAGUCUUUGUCGAUUUUCUAUGUGGUUUGUAGCAUGUAUGAACUCCUUUUGCAGUAUCCCUGCCGAUAUCAUUCAUAAGUGUGACUUAAAUGUUUGCUUUCUUUGCACAGCAUCUUUGUGGUUGUAUCGCAUAGCCCAGAGCCAAUUAAAUAUCACCAAUUUGGAGCACAUCAAAAAAA